CUUUGAAUGUUCUCCUACGCUACUUACCAAGAGAGUUUGAAGAGCCGGUGAGAAGCGCUGAAAUCCAUUUCAUUCAUUCCUUGUUUAAAAAAAAAUCAAUUUAUAGAAAACCAAAAAUGGGUUCAACUACUGGCCGGUUCUUGAUCCAGAGCCCACGAUUCAGUCAUGUUUUCUUGCAAAAAAAUCAUAACUUUCAUUUACCAAAGCGAGUCCAGUUUCCGGUUUUGCCGCAAAGUUGCGAUUUUCAUGUUCCUGUCAGUUCCAUUUCUCAGUAUGGGAGUUCUAGGUUUUUGGAGUGCAAAUGUGCACCAGAGAGUGUAUCAGGAUCUUUUGAAAGGGAUCCGGGUCAGGAAUAUGGACCCGAACCAAAUCAGAUGGUUGAACAAAAGGAGACUACUAUUGGGGAUAUUUUGAAGCAAUCAAAUUCCUUUCUGCCGCAUGUAGUCCUUGCAAGUACAAUUCUUGCUCUCGUGUAUCCGCCUUCUUUCUCAUGGUUUACCAGCAGGUACUAUGCCCCUGCAUUAGGGUUUUUGAUGUUUGCAGUGGGGGUUAAUUCCAGUGAGAAGGAUUUUAUUGAAGCAUUUAAAAGGUCAGAUGCUAUUUUGGCUGGUUAUGUUGGUCAAUAUGUUGUGAAGCCCCUGCUUGGAUAUAUUUUCGGAAUAAUAGCUGUGACCGUGUUUGGUCUUCUUACACCUUUAGGUGUAGGGAUUAUGUUGGUAUCCUGCGUAAGCGGUGCUCAGCUCUCAACUUAUGCUACAUUCUUGACAGAUCCACCACUAGCUCCGUUAAGCAUUGUUAUGACAUCAUUAUCUACUGCUACUGCUGUUUUCGUUACACCGAUGUUGUCUCUCCUGCUUAUAGGGAAAAGACUGCCCGUUGAUGUCGUUGGAAUGGUGUCUAGCAUUCUGCAGAUUGUUAUUGCUCCUAUUACAGCAGGAUUGCUUUUGAAUCGGUCGUUCCCACGUCUAUGUAAUGCCAUGAGGCCAUUUUUGCCGCCGCUUUCUGUGCUUGAUACAGCUUGUUGUGUUGGAGCGCCACUUGCUAUUAACAUUAAUUCUGUUCUGUCCCCUUUUGGUUUAACUGUUUCGUUGCUUAUUGUUGCAUUCCAUUUAUCGGCAUUCAUUGCUGGUUAUUUCCUUAGUGGCUUGGUCUUCCAUAAAGCACCCGACAUGAAAGCAUUGCAAAGAACUCUAUCCUUUGAGACAGGAAUGCAAAGCAGUCUUUUGGCGCUUGCGCUUGCUAACAGGUUCUUUCAGGAUCCACUGGUCAGCGUGCCUCCGGCUAUCUCAACUGUAAUCAUGUCUUUGAUGGGGUUCGCGCUGGUCAUGCUUUGGGCAAAGAAGAAAUAAUAUUGGGGAAAUGGUGAAUCCAUUGCUAUCUGAUGCAUAAACUUGUGCUUCAAGGCGAAGUUGGAUCAUUGUAGAGCAGCAAAUGGAAAAGAAUCCAUUGUAAUUCAUUCCUAAGUUUAACUGAUGAGCUUAGAUUGAACUCAGUUAGUCCAUGUAGCACAAAUAAAAUAGGAAUACAAUUCACAUAA